AUUUUUAUUGUUCAAGAAUGUCUUGACAUAUAACGACAAGUUUGUAUCAUAUAUUUCGUAUUGUAACAUUUUUCGACAUUGACUGUUAAGUUACCUUCACCUUCACCUUCAUUAUGGCGGAUGUAGAUCCAGAUACUUUAUUGGAAUGGCUCCAGAUGGGAGUGGGCCAGGAAAGGGACAUGCAACUCAUUGCACUGGAACAGCUUUGUAUGUUACUUCUGAUGUCUGAUAAUGUGGAUCGAUGUUUUGAAAUGUGUCCACCACGAAGCUUUCUUCCCGCUCUAUGUAAAAUCUUCCUAGAUGAGACAGCACCGGAUAAUGUUGUGGAGGUUGCUGCUCGUGCUAUGACUUAUUACCUUGAUGUAUCUGCUGACUGUACACGGCGUAUUGUUGCUGUUGAUGGAGCCGUAAAAGCAAUCUGUAACCGUCUAAGUCUGCGCUUGUCUGAUGAUAGAACAAAUAAAGAUUUGUCGGAGCAAUGUGUUAAAGUUCUUGAAUUCAUAUGCACCAGGGAGCCAGGUGCUGUGUUUGAAGCUGGUGGCUUGUCAGCUGUUAUGAAGUUUGUUUGUAAUUGUGGAAGCAUCAUCCAUAAGGAUACUUUACAUUCAAGCAUGUUUGUGGUAUCAAGGUUAUGCGGUAAGGUUGAAGCAACGAGUGAUUCUUUACCAGAAUGCAUUCAAUCUUUAUCUUCAUUACUUCAUUAUGAUGAUGCACAUGUGGCUGACAGUGCACUUAAGUGUUUUUCAUCACUUGCUGAUCGGUUUGCAAGGAAAGGUGUAAAUCCCGAACCCUUGGAUGCAUUUGGAUUAACUGAUGAAUUAAUUAAAAGGCUUGGCAACUGUGGAAACCGCGUGCCAGGCACCCCAUUUAGUAAAACCAAACAAACCGGUGGGACCCCUAACGCCACUCCUGACUCAAAAGCUAACUUUGGAAUUACCACAGUUGUCAACUUGCUAUGUACACUUUGUAGAGGAUCUUCAGAAAUUACUCAUAAAGUUUUAAGAUCAGAUUUAUCACAAGCUAUUGAAGAUGCAUUGAAAGGGAAUGAAAGGUGUUGCUUGGAUACGAUGCGGAUUUGUGAUCUUUUGCUCAUCCUACUGUUUGAAGGAAGGCAAGCAAUACCUAAGCAUUACCUUGGAUUAUUUGGUGCACCACGCUGCUUGAACCUAAGUAACAGGAGAAUGGAAACCAUGGAUGGCGAGCGUUCCCAUAGACAACUUAUUGAUUGCAUACGAAGCAAGGACACUGAAGCUUUGAUAGAUGCCGUGGAAAGUGGGGUUUACGACGUUAAUUUCAUGGAUGAUGUUGGACAAACAUUGCUUAACUGGGCAGCAGCAUUUGGCACACAAGAAAUGGUUGAUUUUCUUUGUGACCGGGGAGCUGAUGUAAACAAAGGCCAACGAUCGUCUUCUUUGCAUUACGCUGCAUGCUUCGGUAGACCGGCAGUUGUGAAAACUUUACUUCUUAAUUCUGCCAACCCUACCCUGCAUGACGAGGAAGGAAAGACAGCUUUAGAGAAAGCAAAAGAACGAAAUGAUGAUGGGCAUAAAGAAGUUGUGAAACUACUAGAAGAUCCAGAAUCUUGGAUUACAUCAGAUGAAGCUGUGAAGAAGAAGCAAUUGAUGCUCCAGGAACAAACGAAAGAUGCAGAGAAGAAAUCUAAAGAAGAGGAGAAGCAGAAUCUCAUAAAGGGGGAUUCCCCAGUUGCUUCUGUGUUUAUUAACAAACUUCUUCCCUUGUUUCUGGACACCUACCAAGUCACUGUCUAUCCUUCUGUAGCUCAAAGUGCUCUCAGUCUGUUGCAUAAGACGGUUAAAUAUGUGGUAGAGCAGCAGCUGCGUGAUGCUGUACUAUCUGCACAGAAUAUUCCGGAAAAGUUCGCCAAUGUAGUUUCGACUGCUUUGGAUCAAGAGGAUAAUGAUGAAGGCCAUCUGGCUGCGCUUGAGAUUAUUCAGAACCUAAUGGACAAAUGUUACGACUUGUUUGCGUGCUCACUCAACCAUGAAUGGAUUGCCAACAAAAUCCGAGACAUGUUUGCUCCUCACGAAGAUAAGGAAGAUGAUGGAGCAGUUGGAGGACAAGCAGAGGGAGAGAUCAAAGGAAAAGAAAAAUGUGUUGCUCAAGAAUCUAGCAACAAACUAGAGGAGUGCAUGCCCACCUCAGUGGAAGAUGCCACCUCUAUGAAACCGGGUUCCUUGUAUUCGUGGAAGAAAACUUGGACCUUUGCUCGUGGUAAGGGAUGUCUGUAUCUGUGGAGUUCAGCUACAGCUAUUGAGUUAUCACAUGGAAGUAACGGCUGGUUUCGAUAUAUCUUGGAUGGAAAACUUUCAACCAUGUAUUCAAGUGGGAGUCCUGAAGGUGGAACAGAUAGUUCAGAAAGUCGAAGUGAAUUUCUUGAAAAACUUCAGCGUGCUUUCAUGGAGGCUUCAACUGGUGAAGUCAUGCUUCCUGUGUUGUCUAAACCUGACAGUGUUCGUAUUACUGCUGGUAACUGGACCAUAGUCAGUAACAAAGAAGAUGAGUUGCUUAUAACCAAUUCCGACGGACAACAGGCCACAAUACUGAAGAAAGAAAUGAGUGGAUUCUUGUUUGAGUCAAACAGAGGGACUCGUCAUGCUUUUACACCCGAAUCUCUGCUUAGCAUGGAUUUCUUGAAUAAGAGUGUGGAUAAGAAGACAACACAACCUUCCAUGAAUAAGGAGGAGGAAUUAAAAGAUAAAAUUGUUGUCUUAAGUCGAUCUUUGUAUGAUGAAUAUUUCACAAGCAAAAAGCAAGCUUUUAAAAAUGUAGUCACCGAUCUGAAAAAAAUAGCUCAAAAAAUAGAAGAGUUUAGUUCAAGGGAUUCAGGUGAAUCAGAUGCAAUAAAUAUUGAGGAAGAUGAAAAUUCUUCUUUUAUAUCUUCUCUCACUCAACUCCGGACUUUGUUGGAAGAAGAUAAAGGAGUCUCCGCUUUCGAUUUGUACAACAGUGGACUCAUACAAGCAAUGUUAAAAGCUCUGGUGUUGACGGGAACAUGUUCUGGCAGAGAUGAUCGCAUUGAAAAGUUUAAACUUGUGUUUUCGAAAGCGACCAGUGAUGCAGUUCAAGUUCUUGUUCGAAAGCUAAUCUCUGUGCUCGAAUCUAUUGAACGUUUCCCAGUCCAGCUGUAUGACAGUCCCACGAGUUUUAAUCGUGGCCUCCAUCUUUUGUCCCGGAAAUUCUCAUUCAAAAUGGAAUAUCAGUGUUGCGCGGAUGAUAGCAACCUUGUUGAUUACACUGGUCGUACUUUGAAGAUGGAAACACUGUCAAGUGUAGAUGAUCUGGAACAACAUAUCUUGAAAAUGGCAUCGAAGCAGUGGUACGACCAUGAUGUUUCAAACCAUGCGUAUGUGAUGCGUGCCAGAGAAGGCGAGGUUAAUUUUAAAUAUUCAAGUGACUUUGAUGAAAACGGAAUUAUUUAUUGGAUUGGAACAAAUGCCAAAAAUGAAUACGAUUGGACGAAUCCUGCCAGUUACGGUCUGGUGCACGUGACAUCAUCAGAUGAAGGGGGACUUCCUUACGGCAAAUUAGAAGAUAUAUUAAGUCGUGACACAACACCAUGUAAUUGCCAUACCAGUGAUAAUGAGAAGGCAUGGAUUGCUUUGGAUUUUGGUCUUCAAAUUAUACCCACCAAAUAUUCUCUACGACACUCUCGUGGUUAUUCAAGAUCAGCAUUACGCAACUGGUUGUUCCAGGCCUCAAAUGAUGGGAAAAACUGGACUACACUAGUUACCCACACCAAUGACAAAUCACUCAAUCAACCUGGUUCAACUGCGAGUUGGAGCAUCCCUGUAGAUGAGGAUGAGAAGAGAGGUUGGCAUCAAUUCCGCAUUCAACAGAACGGGAAGAACUCAAGUCGUCACAUGACCUACCUAUCAAUAUCGGGGUUCGAGAUUUAUGGGGCUGUGAAGGGGGUUUCCCAUGACCCACCUGGGUGUGCGUAUAAGAAAGAAAGGAAAGGAUUACAAGUGCAGGCAAACAAGCAAAUGGUCCCUGGUACAAGGGUAGUGCGGGGUGUGGAUUGGAAAUGGAGGAAUCAAGAUAGUAGAAGUGUUGGCACUGUCAGUUCACCCAUACAGAAUGGCUGGGUGGAUGUGAUUUGGGAUAACGGGAUCUCCAAUCUUUACCGAAUGGGUGCGGAAGAUAAAUUUGAUCUCAAACUUGCUCCUCCACGUGAUGAAAAGCUUCCAUCAGAUCUUGGAUCAAUUGCUCACCUCUCACGAAGAGGUGUUCUCUCUUCCCUCAUCCGGAACAACCGAUUGGCUCAUAAUUCAGGAAGACAUCAGAGAUAUGAGCAGUACCUAGCUGCUCGACGUAGUUCAGAAACUUCAUCAGCGAACAGAUCACGUUACAAUCUCAACCAUAAAAGUUUCACGCACACUAACAAUGAGGUUGGAAGGAAUGCGAGGAAUCGAGCGAGAUCAGAUUCUGAUGACUCUGACCAUCAGAAGUCACAGCGAUCAGUCCUCUCUAUGAUGCGGGCUUUCCACAGUCGCAAGGAUUCGAAAAGGUCACAGAAGAGUGGUAAAAAUCUCCCAGAUGUGGGCAGAAGUGAUCCCGCUGUCGUGCGAAGUGAGUCUGCAUCUUCUUCGUCUUCUUAUGGAGAUGACUUUCUGUACUUAGAUGAGGAUACAGAGGAGGAGAAGAAGCAAGAGCGAUCUUGUGCUCCGGAGCUUGAUGGGAGGACGUGCCGACUGGGAGUUUACAAAUCAUCACCUGCACCAUCUCUUGUUCAAAGAAGAAUCAGAAAACUUUUAAAUGAGGACAUACCACAAAGUCAACCAACUGUAACUGAGACAAUGAAGUCUGAACCUCAAACUACAAAAACAUCCGCUGAUGUCACCACUAUUGUGAAUAAGACGACAGACAAUACUCCCCAAUUAAAGUCAGUGUGGAAAGAUGUUGUGUCAAGUGUCACUUCAUCUUCAUCCGAGUCGCUCCGAAACGAUCCUCUCAGUGAACUUGAUGUCCUCAACCUCCUUGUGCAUGGUCAACAACCGGAGGUGGAGGAAAGGAAAAAUCCAACAUCGGAAAAUAAUCAGAAGAGUGCGUCGCUUGAGUCGGUGGCUGGAGAAGUAGAUAAAAAAACGAGUCGUACAGGUGUAGAUACAAAUCGACCAUCAGCUGCAUUCACAACCACACCUACAGGGAAUAGCCAUUUACUACCACCUGGUGAACCGGUGAGUGCGAGCGUUAGUGUUCCGAAUCUUUCCUCUUCGGAAGCCGCAUCCAGGAUGAUGGAGAGCUUUGUCCGCAGCAUCACUCGUGCUCCUGCUAUUCUUAACGUGAACGAUUUAUCGAAUAUUGAUGAAGGAAGUGGAGGGUUAGGACUCAAUCGUGAUGUGGUGAAUGUUGUUGUAUCCAGUCCCCUUACCUCAGCACAGAGUGUUCCAAACUUAUCAGCGCCAGUCACAGUUGCAAGCAACUCAUCUUCACCAAGUAUAGUCAGCAGUCACUCAGUUCUACAAGCAAUCACUCAAGCACUUGUUACCAAUGCAAACAAUGAAAGUGAAGCAGAUUUGUUCCGAUGUUUGGUUGAAGAUCUUCCAACUUGCGAUCCAACUUCUUCCUCUCAUUCAGAUAUCUUUACUGAACUCGAUGAUGAAAAUGAUGAAGAUGAGAAUGAAGAGGAUGAAGAGUUUGAUCAACUUAUGAUGCAACAAGCUGAGGAAGAAGUGACGGUAGCGAUGUUGGGACUUCCCCCGAGCUCUCUGAGCAGCAACAAGUCCUCCAACUCGUCGUACACAUGGGAUGAUGAUCAUGUUAUCAAGAGGAACCUCCCAGCCCUCAUCCCGGCAUUUGAUCCUCGACCAGGAAGAAUGAAUCUUCUGCAAACUGUGGAUUUGGAAAUUCCACCUCCAGGUUCAAAUGAAACAAAAGACAAUACCAAAAAUGUGCUGCCAACAAACCAACCAAAAAAGUUGCAAUUGUACUUGAAAGGUAUAAACUUGAACAAGGAAACAAUUCAAAUACCCUUGGAGAAAGGUUGUACAAUGUUAAACGGAGUGCAAAAGUUGAUGCUUAAUCAUAGUUCAUCUACAAAGUCAAGUAACCUCAGGAAACUGUGGGAUACGACAUACACCAUUGUAUAUUCAGAGGAUGAGAUAGUGACAAGCAAGGUACAACAGUGGACACCUGAUUUUUUAGUCUCACAUCUUACAAGCGGGAAGUUAACCAAGCAUGAAGUGUUGGAAUAUUUAAAACAAAAUGCAACAAAGGCCUUUAUCAGUCGCUGGAAUUUAAGCAAAGAUUCAACGGCUGCUCAAAUUAUGCAAGCUUUUAAUGAGUUUUACUGGGAUCCUACAAACCAGCUCAAGCCAUCCAAUCACAAGACAACAAUAUGUGCAAAGGAUGUACAUGAUGUGUUAGAGUUAUUAAAGACAUUGUAUGCGAUGUAUGGAGAUGAUGAUAUCAUAUUAACCGAAGAUUUAAUCUGCAAGAAACUUAACACCAAGUUGUAUCAACAGAUUGAAGAUGUAGUAUGUUUAUCAUGUCAUGCCCUACCAGAGUGGUGCAACUUCGUGAUGAAGAAUUAUUCCUUUCUUUUUAACUUUGAUGUUCGGAACAAAUUCUUCUCUUCAACUGCAUUUGGUCCAUCAAGGUCCAUUGUAUGGAUGCAAAACUCUUCCUCAUCUCAACUGGAUCGAUCCAGUGUAAACCGGAACCUUACACAUUCGUCAGUGGCUGCGGCCUCCAUGCGCAGAGACGACCCAUCGGGUUUUCACGACCUCAUGCAGCUCGGCAGGUUACGACACGAGCGAGUGAAAGUUCCUCGUGAAGAAGAGACGUUGUUAGAUUGGGCAAUCAACGUGCUUGACCUGCACGCUGAGAAGAAGUCGAUGUUAGAGGUUGAGUUUAUUGGUGAAGAGGGCACUGGAUUAGGUCCAACACUCGAGUUCUACUCGCUUGUUGCUGCUGAGCUUCAACGUAAGGAGCUUGGUAUGUGGCUUGUGGACGACAACUUUAUUCAAGUGGAUCCACCCGAGGUUCAUGGGAUGAAAAGAUUUGAUUAUUACGUUCAAAAGUCGGGUGGUUUGUUUCCCAGCCCUCUUCCACAGAAUAAUAUCGAUCAAGUUGUUAAACUUUUUCAUUUCCUUGGCAUUCUACUUGCUAAAUGUUUGCAGGACGCACGAUUAAUUGACCUUCCUCUUUCGAAAACCUUCCUUAAACUAAUGUGUAGUGAACAACAAUCAUCUGCAGUGGAACAAUCACUUAAGACAAACAAAACCGAAGACCCAACUUCAGUGGGGAAAUCUACAAUCCUUGGUUUGAAAGAUCUUGCUACAGUAGAUCCUACAAGACACACCUUCUUAUCCAAGUUAUUGGAACUAUGUGAUGUAAGAGACUCAAUACUGUGUGACCUUAGUUUAACUGACGUCGAGAAAACAUCUCAAUUAAAUGAAUUGUACCUUGAGUAUAAUGGAACAAAAUGUAAAGUUGAAGAUCUUGGAUUAACCUUCCAGUUUCUUCCGUCAUCAUCUGUAUACAACUACACAUCAUACCCACUAACUAAAGAAGGUGCAAACAUUGACCUUAACUUGGAAAACGCUCGACAGUAUGUAAACCUAACACUCAACUUUUAUUUCAAAGUUGGAUUAGAAAAACAAAUGGCAGCUUUUACAGAGGGCUUCAAUCGAGUGUUCCCUAUCUCCAACCUUCUUCUAUUCACACCUGAUGAACUCCAUCUUAACUUAUGUGGAGACCAAACCCCACAAUGGAGCAGAGAUGAUGUGUUGGCUUACACUGAACCUAGACUUGGUUUCACAAAAGAAAGUCGAGGUUUCCUUCAUCUCGUGAACGUAAUAUGUGAUCUCACGGGACAUGAGCGGAAGUCUUUCCUUCAAUUUGCAACUGGCUGCUCUUCUCUGCCACCUGGUGGACUAGCAAACUUGUCACCACGACUAACCAUUGUUCGAAAAGUUGAUUCUGGCGAUGGAAGUUACCCUUCUGUUAACACAUGUGUUCAUUAUCUUAAGUUACCUGACUACUCUACUGAAGCUAUACUUAAAGAGAGGCUCUUGGCAGCAACUAGAGAAAAAGGAUUUCAUUUAAACUAACCCCCCAAUUGAUUUGUGACACAUACUUUUUUAAGGAAACUUAAAUUUUCUGUGCAGCAGAAUUUGUCAUUUGUUUCACAAAUGUUUUAACAAGCACUUUAUGGUACCAUUAUGUUGUGGUAGUUCAUUAAAUCAUCUGUACCAUGUACAUUACUUCUGUGCAUGUACAUUUCGGUGUGGUGUUUUUUUGCAUGUGUAUUAUCCCAUUAAAAACAAAGCGAAAAUUUCAUGAAAAA